AUGCACAUCCAGGAAGCGGCUUUAGAAGUGAAGAGGGGAUGCAUAAGCAAAGCAUUCAAGAACAGCAAAGACACAGCGAGCCACGAAGAAAUAAUCGUAAGAAUAGUUAGCAUUACAACACCAGACGACUCAAUCUCUCAACACAAGAUAAGAAUAGUGGUAACAGACGAUAGCAUAGUGCAGGAGUGUCUGCUCUCUUCAAAGUAUCUCGAGAGCGUAAAAGAGAAAAAGAUAUCAGAGCAGGACAUAAUAAAAAUAGGAGGAAGAACGAUAGGAACAUACGCAGCAAAGGCAAUUAUCUACAUAAAAGAGAUAGAAGAGAUACACAGGAGCAGCAGCAUGGGAUCAAACACAUGGGAGAGCAUAGGAGCCAGCCCUUCGAAAAUUCAAAAACGGAAAACAGAUGACGUAACGGGCACUCCGAUGAAAGAAGCAAAGAAGGAAGUAAAAACAAUAAAAGAGCUAAACCCCUUCCAGAACGCAUCUUGGUGCAUACGGGUGAAAGUAAUAAACAAGUCGCCGAUAAGAGAGUACACCCGCGAUGGAAAAGCAGGAAAGGUGUUUAACCUGGUGGUGUCAGAUGGGGAGACAAAGUGCGCCAUUGUGUUCUUUACAGAGACUGUCGACACGUUCUUUGAGAAGGUUCAGAUAUACAAAACAUACGAAAUAUCAGGAGGCGUGCUGAAGCUAGCAAACAAAAGAUUUAAUGAAGACGUGCACGACUACGAAAUCAUCGCGGACAAGACGUUCUCUGUGACCCUUGCAGCAGAAGUAGAGAACGCCGUGAGAAUGCCGAAAAUGCUUGCAAAAGUAUCGAUGCUCAGAGACAAAGUGAAUGAAACGGUGAAUAUGCUGGUGGCAGUCGUAUCUGUGGGUGACGUAGAAACAGUUAUAAGAAGAAAGGACAACACGCCAAUGAAGAAAAGAACACUCAGAGUAACAGACGAGUCAGAGCACACAGUCCCCUUUAUCCUGUGGGAGGACACAGCCGAAAUGGCCUGUGCCCCAGGGGACAUCAUUCUGCUGGAGGGCGUGCGCGUGUCUGAGUACCAAAACGACCCGCAGAUAAGCCUGACCAGGGACGGGAUUCUUUCCUUCAACCCCGAGCUGCCAGAAGUGUUCAGGCUCCGUGGAUGGUACAACAGAAACCAGGACAAAAUGGAGAAAGAUGUAAAAUCAGACAGAAGCGAAGGAAAAAACAGAAACAAAAGAAUAGCAAAGAUCGAAGACGUAAAAGCAGAAGCAAUGGAGUAUGCAACCGUCAUGUGCACCAUCCUCUUCCUGUCAGAGAAGGGGAUAUUCUACACCUCGUGUCCUAACGAUGGAUGCAACAAAAAGGUGGACUAUGACCUGGCAUCACCAGACUCCUGCUACUGCAACAAAUGUGCAAUGUCCUUUGAGAAGUGCAACUACUGCUACAGCGCAAAUAUUUCAAUCGCAGACAACACGUCAUCGAUAUGGGUCUCUUUGUUCAAUGAAACAGCCACUGUGCUGUUCAAAGGAGUGGAGGCCGCAGAGCUGUUCGACAUUUCGGUGGAAGACAACGACAGAUACCAGGAGAUGGUGGGAGGUGUCCAGGGAAUGGACGUGGUAAUGACAAUACGCGGUAAAGAAUCGAUGUACAACGGAGAGGCAAAGAUGAGAUACAACGCAGUGUCUAUUAAGGAGGUAGACUACCUCGAAGAGUCGCGAAACAUUCUCCAAUAUCUGCAGACUGUGAAAGCAUAG